GGGCAGCUGCUAUAAAACCUGAUGUGAAGACACAGAAACACAGAGAAGAGACGACGCAGCAGGACGGACACACUCGACUCCAGACUGAAGAUGCAGUUCUGUGGCUGUCUGAUGUUUUGCUGCCUGCUGUCCAUCACUGUGCUCCACGGCAGCGUCGACGGCUUCCGAGUCAAACAGGUGUCCCAGCGUGUAGACUGGCCCGUGUCCAGGUCUCUGGCGGCUCUUCGGCUUCGUCCCCGAGUGGUGAAGACCGGGGAGGAGCUAACGGCAAAGCUGCUUCGACUGGAUGACCUGGCGCCGCUGGAGAAUGAUGUCAUGGAGCCAAAGAGGAAGAGGAGUUUCCCUGGCAACAACGCCCCGCUGGACCGUCUGUCGAUCAGCUCCAUGGAAACCAAACAAGCAACAAACAAGCAGAGCAAGACAGUUGAGUUGCCACGGCGACGAGUCAAUCCGCCUCCCAUCGACAGGAUUGGAAUGAGUCGUCUACCAAACAGUCGAGGAUAGACCACGCCCCCUCCCUCCGACAGCCCGACCCCUCUUAACGGCUCCCUCCUCUGGACAGAGGAAUCACCACAGAUGCAUGAAACACAGCCAAUCACCUGCUCAGCCACGCCCACCACCUGCCAAUCACUUGUCAAUCAAUCCUCCUUCACCUGGACACCCCCACCCACCCCUGCCCAGCGAUGAAUGUUUAAUGAUGGUGCAUUCAGGUGCUGCUUCUGUAAAUGUAUCACGUGUCUGAGAGGUCAGGACCAAAGCAGUGACCGUUUUGUUUUUUCGUGACACACGUGGUUUGAUCGAUUCUUACUGAUUAGAUUUUAUGUUUGUGUCCAAAGAAGCAGAAAGUCUUAAUAGAAAACCCGAAACAGAUUUUAGUCUCAUUUGAAAAAACUAUUCUAAAUCCUCCCGUGAACAGACGAACAGACUGUGGCAGAAGAUUACAGUUUAACUUAACAUAUCGGGAUUCAUGAACAUACUUCUGUCCUGAACAAACAGGUUUUGAUUUGCAGUUAGGUAAAUUUGAAAAUGUAUUUCAGAAAUGAAAACUGGAUCGUAUUUUGCGCCUUUUUAAGUACAAUUUGAUCAAAUCUCAACUGAAAUUCACCCACAGCAUCAAAACCUGUCGAGCACUCAGAACUCUGCUCUUUAAACAGAUUGUUCCAGAUAUAAAUCAUAAUUUUAGUGUCAUUUUGUCUUAAAGAGGUCAUAUUCUGAGUUUUGGUUAUAAAACAUAAUGAAAGAUAAACAUGUGACAGAUUAAUAACUAAACUAAACUAGCUAAAACAACACACAAGGUGAAAAGAGGAGCUGCAGCAAUGUUCAGUCUGACAGAAAUAUGGUGUUUUUUGAAAAUUAAACCAUGUAAACCUGUUCUGGUACAACCCCUACAAUUAUGAAACUGAAAGUGAGCCGAACAUGACCUCUUUAACACAAAGUGCUAGCAUUUUCCAGCUAGCUUGCGUGUUAGCAGUUAGCUCCCGUCAGACUCUAGCACUGUUUUGUUUUUUUGUGCUUCUGAAUUUACUUUGAAACUGACAUGACGUGUGACGACUGUUCUUUAAAUCAACAUUUAACUUGGUUUGCACAUCAGGGCGUUGUGGGGAGAGGAGACAAAUGGACGAAUGUUCUGGAUGUUUUGUCUCAUCAAGUUUUUUAAAACUUCUUUUAAAUUUCACUCUGACUGAGAAAAUGAAUCCUAUUAUUUACAAAUUAAAUUUCACAAAUAUGGAACAGACUUUCAGUUUUGGUCAAACUAGUAUUUUUGCCUGCUGCUACAGAUGUUUCUUGCCGUUUUUAGGGCAUCACCUGAAUGCAUCAUCACCCCGCCUCUCCCCUCCUGAGAGUCUGACCGGAGGCGUCUGCUGCCUCGACGCCGAAACUGAACACUUGACACGACUUGACUGUUAUUUUCCAGCAGGGCAGCAGGUCUGUUUUCAGCAGGAUGACACGCUGAGCGACGUUUCCACUGCACCGGUACGUCCGAAGAAGAGCUGGACCGACCGGCUUAAUAUUACCAAGCGGCCACCAUCACGGUUUAAUGUCGAAGACAGUGAGAGAGAGACAAGAGAAAUCAUUUCCCCCAUAAACUUUAAUUUCAUCAGUUUUCUUUGAGCAGCAUCUAGUGGCUGUUACAGGAACUGCAUCUAAAAGUUUGAAUGGAAAACACACCUAUAAACUUUGAAUCAGUGGAAAAAGAAGGCUGGUCAACGCAGAAAAUAACUUAGAGGUCUCAUGACAUCACACCACCUGUCUCUUUCCUCUGCUGGGGUUGGAUGAAAAAACUGACCACCUCCUUUGCUAAACUGCUAUCAGUCUCAAGUCAGCUGAGUGAGGAUGUGGUUAUGGUUUGUUCCAUUUGAAUUUCCGAGUUGAAAGUCGGAAAUUUCAAAGGGAACGCUGCCUUAAGUCGGAUUUUCGACUUGGGAAGUGAGGAGAACCGCCAUACCCCGACUUCGUGAUUUGUCUUUCGUACACAAAGUGCCGUCCAGCUGCUGCCUGUGGACGUGUUGCUGCAGCAUUUAGUAAAUAAUAACAACAAUAAUCAACCGGCGUAACAAUAGCUAACCUAGCUAGCUGUAAACAGCUGCUGGGCGAGCGAGGUGUUCCGACUUGUUAACUGGAACACCGUCAACUCAGGUCAGACGUCGUUACCAGCUCCGACUUCUGAGGUAAAUGGAACACAGCAUUAGCCUAGCUUAGCAUGAAGACUAGAUAUGGGGGGGAACAGCUAGCCUAAAACACACACCUACCAAGACCGCUAAAGCUCAGUGAUUAACAUGUUGUCUAAUUUGUUUAAUCCUUAAAUUAACAGUAAUGUGAAAAACAAUUUUUACAUCUUUUACAUGUGAAAGUAAGAAUGGAGACGCCGCGUUCCUUCAUGAAAAGUAGUGACAGAAAAAUGGCGAAAAACUAGUGCUUGUUUAAACUUUGGACAGAGCCAGGCUAGCUGUUUCCAGGGUUUAUGCUAAGCUAAGCUAAGCACAUCCUGACUCCAGACAUGAGACUGAUAUCAAUCUUAACAUCUCACUCCAACAUGUUCUAACUGCCAACUCGUCACACAUGGACACUUUGUCAACUCCCCUUGGCGUCGUUUUCUAACGCCCUGGCUACCCUUUGGCGUGUAGAGCUCUGCUGUCAAGUUAGCAAUAACAAAUAUGCAACGUCUGGUUAGACUUUCAAAAUAAAACUAGUGGUUAAUGUUGUGAAAUGUUGCAAUUUGGUUAGAUUUAGGCACCAAAAGUACUUGGUUGGGAUGGUGGUUUGGGUUAAAAUAGCAUAACUACAAAGAAUCAAUGUUGACUUUUUGUUUCACACCGGAAACAAACAGCGGUCUCGUCGGACUCUGAGUGAUUUAUACUAAGCCUACCUUUAGCACUGAACCAUGGCGCUAAAGGGCUUCCCAGUGCGUUACAAACUGACGCCAAAGGGUCUUGACCAAGCGUCCAUAUAUGAUGAGUCGGGAGUGAGAAUGGGUUCCCUGUGUGCAGACACACCGAUAAUGGUCGCCAAAAUGUUCCUGUCAGCAGUCUUUAAAAUCAGCUCAAUCUCACUGUACGGCACGAACCAUAACUGAGAUUUAAAGGCUGCCUGAGUCCAGUACGACAGCCGGUGCAGUGGAGACGCUUUCCUCGUCAGCGAGAGAGUGAUGUGACUUUGUUCCUGUCCAUGUUCAGUCUGUCUGUUUUUAAAUGCUUCUUACUGCCUUAAAUUUAAUUGUGCACAAUAAAGAGUUAACGAUCA